AUGGGAAUAAACAGACAAUAUCCUCCCCAAUAUGCUCACGGUGGCAGCGGUUAUCCUGCCAGUGGCCCCCCUCAGAAUGGAUCACAGAACCAUUACCACGUGAAUUCGCUGCAUUCCCCCCCUUAUGCCGCACCCACUGGGCCUCAGGGUAACUACCGAGGGGGUCAUCGAGGGAGUGGCUUUCGUGGCGGGCCCACUGCAAAUCGAGGUGGCUAUCGUGGCACUGGCUUCAAGAGCACCUCUAGGAACCCUUCAUUCCAGGCACCGCCGCCGCCGCCGCCUCCGCCUCCCCCUCGAAGCAAUGGUUUCCCGUCAGAUGAAGAAGUUGACCGGAGGUCCACCGCCGCGGAUGCGGAUGCGGAUGCCGUGGCAGACACUGAUACCAUUGAUGCUCAUGAAAAUGCCUCUUUGGAGCGCUCAGACGAUGCACCAUCAGCUCCCACCAACCAUACUACGUCCAAGGAUGGAGCUGAAACUUCAUCACAAACCGCACCCAAGCCGGGGAGUGGUGCUGGCAAGUUCAGCUUUGCGUUUAAACCCUCCUCAAAGCCAACACCUGCGGCUCCGAAGCCCGAGAUUUCCCAAAAGUUCAACGCCGCACCCCCAAGGAGAGAGUCAGUACAGCAAGCCCAACCCUCUAACCGGGACCGCGAUCGGGACCGCGACCGCGACCGCGACCGUGAUCGUGAUAGAGAUCGUGAUCGGGACCGAGAUCGUGAUCGCGAUCGAGACCGAGACCGAGAACCUCCUCCAAGUGCGCCCACUGAGCCGUCUUCCGCACGUUCCCGGCGAGAGUUUAGGAAUCCUCCCGAGGGACCAAAAUUGGCACCGAGAACGCGGAAGGUGAUCAAAGUAAUGAAACGACCAAAGCCGCGACCGACUCUCCCCGACGACUUGAUUGAGUCCGACUCGGUGUUUUUCAGGAAGCCUGGAAAUGAAUCAGUGGUCGGCUCAGGGACAUACGGAAAAGUGUUCAAGGGGCUCAAUGUAUACACGAAGGGACUCGUUGCUCUGAAACGAAUUCGCAUGGAGGGCGAAAGAGAUGGCUUCCCCGUGACGGCAGUCCGUGAAAUCAAACUGCUGCAAUCGCUGAGACACACCAACAUAGUCAAUCUUCAGGAGGUCAUGGUAGAGAAGAAUGACUGUUUCAUGGUUUUCGAGUACCUCUCUCAUGACUUGACGGGUCUGCUCAACCAUCCUUCCUUCUCGCUAGAUUCAGCACAGAAGAAGCACAUGGCCAAGCAACUUUUCGAAGGGUUAGACUAUCUUCAUGAGAGAGGUGUCCUUCACCGGGACAUCAAGGCUGCCAAUAUCCUUGUUAGUAGUGAGGGAAUAUUGAAGCUGGCAGAUUUCGGACUGGCUCGGUUUUAUGCGAAACGACACCAGCUGGACUACACGAACCGGGUCAUUACGAUCUGGUACCGCUCACCGGAGCUCCUGCUAGGAGAGACCAAGUAUACCGCUGCCGUCGAUGUCUGGAGUGCCGCCUGUGUUAUGGUCGAGAUUUUCACUAGACUUGCCAUCUUUGCUGGAGACGGAACAGAGCUCAGCCAGCUCGACAAGAUAUACAAUGUUCUUGGGACCCCAACCCGCCACGAUUGGCCCGGAAUCACAGACAUGGCAUGGUUUGAGCUGCUCCGACCAACUGCUAAAAGGAAGAAUGUCUUUGCGGAGAAAUACAAAGACAGGGUGUCUCCUGCCGCCUUUGACUUGCUAAAAUCCAUGUUCUGCUACGACCCGGCGAAGAGGCCCACGGCAUCCACGAUCUUGCAACACCCGUACUUCACUACCGAAGAGCCACUGCCCAGACAGGCAAUAGAACUAGCAAAUAUUGGUGGCGAUUGGCACGAGUUUGAGUCGAAAGCUCUGCGAAAAGAAAACGAGCGGCGAGAUCGGGAGGCUCGAAAAGCAUCCAAGGACACUGCCCGCGAAAAGGACAAGAAACGCGUCACGGAGUCUCAUGAUCGCGAGAGGAGUGCCAAGAGGAUACACGUCGACCAGAAGCCGGCGGACAAUCGAGGUGGCACUGCUACAGCCACGGCAACGGCAACGAUAGCUACGAAGGAAUGA